GGCCCUCGCGCUUGCGUACUACGGCUCGUUCCCGUCACUACGUCCCGGAUCGGGAAGUGUCAAGUGGGAGCCGGGUUCCCCCGCCUUUGCAGCCGCCACAGCUGAACCCGGACCCCUCACCCAAGCCGGGCACUAUCGCCAUGACGAACGUGUACUCCUUGGAUGGGAUCCUGGUGUUUGGUUUGCUCUUUGUUUGCACCUGUGCCUACUUCAAGAAAGUACCUCGUCUCAAAACCUGGCUGCUGUCGGAGAAGAAGGGAGUGUGGGGUGUAUUCUACAAAGCUGCUGUGAUUGGAACCCGGCUGCAUGCUGCUGUUGCAAUCGCUUGCAUCGUAAUGGCCUUUUACGUCCUGUUUAUCAAAUGAAUUCCAAACCCUCCAGCUCAUCAACUGCCAACCAAGGGAUAAAGAUGAAGAACUUGUCGGAAACCUGGACCCAGUGUAGGAGAGUUGAGCUAAAAUCAUCNGUGUCUCCAAGAUGACACUGAAGCCUCUGCCUGCCACAUGUGGGGAAAACUCAUGGUCACGAACAUUUUUGCUUCAGGGGAUUCCAGAAAGCCAACCUUUAGAUCUCUGCGUUAAUCAGCCCUCAGCAGCAAGUCUGAUGUCCAGAUAAACCACAUCCCACAUUGAUAUGAUUAUCUAUCUCCUGCUUAAACACCUACGCUGGGUGGUAGCUCAGUGGUAGAGCAUUUGGUUAGCAUUGGCAAGGUCUUGGGUUCAUUCUCCAACACUGGUAAAAACAACCUACAGCUGGCCGUCUAUUUGGCUCUUUAGUCCCUCAUCAGAAUCUUUGAAAACUGAGGCUCACUGGGGAAUGAUAUAGGCUUUGUUCAGACUUCCCAGAAGGUAAAGAGAGUCAUUCUGCAUAGCCUUGGCUGUCCUGGAACUCUCUAUGGAGAGCAGGCUAGCCUCAAACUCACAGAGAGCCACCUGCCUCUGCCUUCUGAAUUAGAGGCAUGUGCCAGGAGAUAAUUUUUUAGGCUUCAUUUUCUUCAUUGGCUAAUUUGGAUCUGGAUCUGGUGAACUGAAGAGAGGGAGAGGGGCUGGAUGAGAACUGGGAGUUACGAAAGGCAAAACAAUUGUUUGGCUGUUGGAGUGUGUUCUUUCUGUGCAUCUGGGAACUUGAGAGAGGNUGGUUCUCACUGCAGAGAGAACAGAUUGCCACAUNCUGGCAGCCUGCGGGAUUUCUCAAGAGAACCUGAGUGCAUAGGAAAGCCAGGGUUAUCAGUAAGAAGCAGUGACAGAAGCAAGCAAGGCAGCAGUCUUCCGCUUACCAGUGUCCCCAGAGAGGACUUCACUCGACCGACUGAUAGAGAAAAAGAACCAACUCUCGCNAUUUCCUAAAUUACCUAGUGCUAAAUACUGUUACUCGGUUUUAAAUACGAAUGCUGGGGGAGGGGACUAUUGAAAAAAUCAUUGAUUAAUAAUAUUUGAAGUUCUGGUAGAAGAGAUAAGUAAACUAGUAUAUCAGUUCAUAUACUAGUAAGCUCAUCUAGUGUCAGAAUUUGCUGUGAUGAAAAUGUAUGUAGGUGGGAGUUUUGCCAUGUUAUAAAAGACACAAGCUUGUUCUCUAA